AUGUUGACCGUAAGCUCCGACCCCUCAUCCUGCAUCCCGGUUCCCAAUCUCCAGCGCAUCAUAACCAAUCCGCUAACCACUUGGCCUUCCCUUCCGGGGGUCGACUACAACACAGUCGCAUACCAUAGCGUCCCCGACCCGCCGCUGACCGAGCACGGCCACAAGCAGGCCUCCGAGCUGCGCGAGGCUCUGCGCGCUGGCAUUCUGCGCAACCGAAAAGUCUCGCGCAUCAUCGUCAGCCCCAUGCGCCGGGUGCUGCAGACUGCACACAUCGCGUUGGAUUGGCUCAUUGAGGGGGAGAAGGUACCUGUUGUAGCGGAUGCUAGGUGGCAGGAGCUCUACCCCAAACCGUGCGACACCCCCGUGCCCCUCUCGCAACUCGCUCCCGACUUCCCCAAAGUCGACUUCACCCAAUGCGCCAACGACCCCGUCUAUCCGGACAAAGCAUCCUCCGCGGCAGCGAAGUACCAUUACACGCGUACCGCUGUCUUGGCACGCGCCCAAGAAGCGCUGGGCGAGAUUUACCAGCUCAUGGAAUCUAACUCGAGUCAGGAUGAAGUUGUCAUCGUAGUGUCGCACUCGAGUUUUUUGCGCGUCGGGGUGACAGGGCGGUGGUUCUGGAAUGCGGAUUAUAGGGUUUUUGAUUUGGUGAAGGGGGAUCCGGGUAGGGGCGAAAGGGAGUAUGAGCUGGUGGAGUGGGAGUUGACCAAGGGGAAGGGGGGGAUGGGGUGGAGUAAGGAGGUUAGGGUUGAGAUCGGUGGAGGAUUACCUGAUGCGUGA